AUGGAGAAGACCGGAUGCUCUUACGUCCUGUUACCAUUUGACCAUAAGCCAGUAGAAGAAGAUGCCAUGAGCCAGAACUGGGAAGCAGAAUUUUUUGGAACCGUGCACCGCCAUCUCCAAAUGAGUUCUGCGGCUUCUACAUUGAGCUUUGAUACUGCUGAAGCAGACAGGAUAUUCUCACAGCCCAAGGAGACCCUCAUUCAGUUUAAGCUUGCUUUGGUUGGUGAUAGUGGUGCUGGCCAAAAAAAAACUUUGAAAAAACUUAAUUUGACUGGUGACAUUGUAUAUGUAGCCACACUUCAUGCUGAAGUCCACCCACUGGAGUUCCAUACCAACACAAAUUCUACAAAAUUUAAAGUGUCGGGUACUGCUGGUCAGGAGAAGUUUGGUGGCCUUCAUGAUGAUUACUACAUUCAGGAUUAAUGUGCCAUUAUCAUGUUUGAUGUUACCUUUAAAGUCACAUACAAGAAUGUACCUAGCUGGCAUAGAGAUCUUGUACAAGUAUGUGAAAAUAUCCCGAUAGUCUUCUGUGGCAACAAAGUGAUCAUCAAGAACUUCAAGGAAAGAGCAAAGCCCAUUGUGUUCCAUAGAAAGAAGAAUCUUCAUUACUACGAUAUCUCUGCAAAGAAUAUACUACAAAUACACUGCAAAGAACUAACGUACAAUUUUGAAAGACCAUUCUUUCAGCUUGCCAGAAAACUGAUAGGUGAUACUAAUCUUGAAAUUGUAGCCAUGUCUGCUCUUGCACCAACGGAGGUGGUUAUGGAUCCUACACUUGCAGGUGAAGGUGAUGAUCUGUGA